AGUCCCACUAGUCCUAUAGAGCGGUUAAAUAAGCUCCUGUCACAGAGACAGAGCACUUGUAUGUUGUGAACACAUGAGCAGCGGAUGGAGAUUUGCUUUCCUCACAGCUGCAGUUUGCCAACGAAUAUCUCCUGAACCUGCGCUGUUUUGGGGGUUUCACUGCUCCUCACCCCCUCUUCCUGCUGCGCCACACUCUGGACCUGUUCCCUUCUAAACAUCUGUGACCAACAAGUCUACUCUUGAACUGGACUUCUAGAAACUUGUCCGUCUUUUUAUUUUAUUUUAUUUUUGUAUCUUUUUUUUUUUUUUUAAUGGUACAAUGUCGUCUCUGCCAGGAACGGUACCGCGGAUGAUGCGCCCGGCUCCAGGACAGAACUACCCCCGCACAGGGUUCCCUCUGGAAGUGUCCACUCCUCUGGGCCAGGGACGGGUUAACCAGCUCGGAGGGGUCUUCAUUAACGGCCGACCGCUCCCCAACCACAUCCGACACAAAAUAGUGGAGAUGGCCCACCACGGGAUCCGGCCCUGCGUCAUCUCCCGGCAGCUGCGCGUCUCCCACGGCUGCGUCUCCAAGAUCCUCUGCCGCUACCAGGAGACCGGCUCCAUCCGGCCCGGAGCCAUAGGAGGUAGCAAGCCCAGGCAGGUAGCCACGCCGGACGUAGAGAAGCGGAUCGAGGAGUACAAGCGGGACAACCCCGGCAUGUUCAGCUGGGAGAUCCGGGAUAAGCUGCUGAAGGACGGGGUGUGUGACAGAAGCACAGUCCCUUCAGGUGAGGCCUCCUCUGUGAGUUCCAUCAGCCGGGUACUUCGAGCUCGAUUUGGGAAGAAGGACGAUGAGGAUGAGUGUGACAAGAAAGAUGAAGACGGAGAAAAGAAAACCAAACACAGCAUCGAUGGCAUCCUCGGCGACAAAGGCAGUCGGAUGGAUGAAGUGUCAGAUGUGGAGUCAGAGCCUGACCUCCCCCUGAAGAGGAAGCAGCGCAGGAGUCGGACUACAUUCACAGCAGAGCAGCUGGAGGAGCUGGAGAAGGCUUUCGAAAGAACCCACUACCCUGACAUCUACACCAGGGAGGAGCUGGCCCAGAGAACCAAACUCACUGAGGCCAGGGUCCAGGUGUGGUUCAGCAAUCGAAGGGCCAGGUGGCGAAAACAAGCGGGAGCUAAUCAGCUAGCAGCUUUCAAUCACCUGUUGCCAGGUGGAUUUCCUCCCACGGGGAUGCCAACGCUUCCUACAUACCAGCUACCAGAGACCAGCUACCCAACCAACACUCUUCCCCAAGACGGCAGUGGCACAGUUCACCGUCCCCAACCAUUACCUCCAUCCACCAUGCACCAGAGUGGUCUGUCCAGCAACGACAGCAGCUCUGCCUACGGUCUGGCCUCCAACCGCCAUGGCUUCUCCAGCUACUCCGACACCUUCAUGAGCUCUGCAGCACCUAGCAAUCAUGUCAACCCUGUCAGCAACGGACUCUCCCCACAGGUGAUGAGCAUCCUCAGUAACCCCAGUGGUGUUUCCUCGCAGCCACAACACGACUUUUCCAUCUCACCACUCCACAGCGCCUUGGACUCCUCUCCACCCAACUCCAUCUCAGCGAGCUGCAGCCAACGUUCGGCUGAUUCCUCCAUUAAGACGGUGGACAGCCUUCCGUCAUCCCAGUCUUACUGCCCCCCGACGUACAGCACCACGAGCUAUAGCAUGGACCCAGCUGUGGCUGCCGCCGGCUACCAGUACAGUCAGUACGGCCAGACUGCUGUGGAUUACCUGGCCAAGAACGUUGGCCUGUCCAGUCAGCGCAGGAUGAAGCUGGCUGACCACUCAGCUGUACUGGGACUGCUGCAGGUCGAGACUGGCCAGGCCUACUAGGACUCACCUAACAUAUUUAAACAACAUGACACCUGGUCACCAGCACAACCCCCAUCUCCUGCUACCAUCCAUACAAAUCUCCCAGAGAAUGUGUGUGUGUGUGUGUGUGUGUGCGCGUAUCAUAGACUGAGUAUAUGCUGAUAUUUAGCUUUUUCAUACUUAUUUUAUGUAACUGUUUCUCCAGGGUUUAAGAAUGAUGCAGCUGUCCGAGCUUUAAACAUUCCCCAUGGGACCAAGCAAAUCCACAACAAGGAUUUCCACUGAUAGGAAUGUUAAGGGUUCUUUUAUUUGUUCUUAUAUAAUACUGCACCACAAUUUGUACUGGAUAAUUAUAAUCUAGUGGUAUAAAUAAUUACUAUGUGAAUCCUGAGCCAAUCCAUUCAGACUGACCUUUGAAACAUCAAAAUCCACAUAAAAAAACUGCCUUUGUGUUCAGUCUGAACACACCUUUGGGAAACACCACCCGGGUUACUCUGCUAAGUCACCUCCUAGUCUUCAUCACUUGUACUGAGUUUCAUUCACUGACAUAUUUUUCUGCUUGUGUCGUCACACAACUGCACGUGUGAGUGGAUUAUGGCUCAUGGAUGCUCCAGUAGGGGAGAGUGGGGUCAGUUGUCACACUUUUUGCCUUCAUUUGAAUCCCUCAAAAAUUGCAUUGAUAAUGGAUUCCCUUUCAAUGUGUAAUGGAAGCCUAAAGUGUCAGGUAGGCAUGGAGUAACCUUAUUCUCUUUAAAGCUGCAGUAGGUUACUUUUUAGAAAAAUACCUUUUCCGCCAUAUUUGCUGAAACCUUCACUAUGUGUGUAUAUAUAUAUAUAUAUAUCAGAGCCGAGGAAGAUAGAAAGAUGCUUGGUUUGGAGGCUUGAAGAUA